UAACUUUGGUUCCAUAUUUUGUUGUUGUAGUAAUUGUUAAAACCGCCACCGGUGUUGUGAAUGUAACCGAGGGACAGUCAGUGUCUCUGAACUGCACCAUAAGUGGUGAUGGAAGUUAUACUUGGGAACGUCGAGAUGGAACCGAGAUCGAAAAUGCGAAAAGAAAGGUUAAAGGAGGAGGACGACUGCUUGAAAUUACUGACGCGGCCAUCGCAGAUUCUGGUGCCUACACCUGUAAAGCAGGCGAAAAGGCACACACCAUCACGCUACAUGUUAUUGUUGAAGUCAAGGUGGAAAUGGCCCUGCAGGUUGAAAAUUACAACUACACUAAAGAGCUGGAGAAUAAGUCAUCGCCACAAUACAAGGCAAUCGAGAAAAACUUUACCGAGGAGAUGGACAUCGUUUACAGAAAUACUUCAGGAUAUAUAAGAACAGAGGUUUUGAAAAUGACGAAAGGAAGUGUGGUAGUGGAUUUCAACGUUAUUAUCCAAAUUGUAACAACUAAUCCCAAAAAUGAGACAACUAUAGUAGAUAAAAAGGCCUCAGUCGCCCAAACGACAAUUAAAGAAGCCGAAGAUGGGUUUGUAAAGCGGCUAAAAGUGUCCAAAGUCAUUCCAAAGACCGAACCUCCAGAGCCUAGUGGCGUGGAGAUCUUUGAUAUCAAAUCUGAUGAGCUGAGCAUUCAAUGGAAACCGUCGGAAGAUGCUGAAACUUUCGACGUUCGCACUUACUCGGUGCAAUACAGAGCAUAUGGUGAAAAGACCUACAGCGAGCAUAAUCAAACAGCAACCGCUGGAACUACAGGCUACUCUUAUAGGAUUAAGUCUCUCGAACCUGAGACUGUCUACAUGAUACGGGUCGGUGCUUUUAACUCGUAUGGACCCAAUUUCAACGAAGAAACUGGCCAUGAAACCGAACCCGCACCUUUGGCCUGGUGGAUUAUUUUCUUGGUCGUGUUAGGUGCACUCUUGAUUCUUGGCAUAAUUAUCGGCAUUAUUGUUUGCAAAUGCAAGAGAGCGCGGGAAAGAAAGAGAAGAGAGACUCGGCUUCGAGCUCAAAAGAACAAAGCAGCAGUUUACCAUGAUGAGGAUGUUAAAGGAUUAACAUACUCGUUUUCAAACGUUGCUUACAAGCCGAGUGAGAUGAACUGGGAAGAGUUUCCCUACCAGAAUAUUAAACUGUUGAAUGAACUGGGCUCGGGAGCCUUUGGUGUCGUUUAUAAAGGAGAGCUGCUAAAAAGGAACGGGAUCACUCCUUGCGCUGUUAAAGCUUUAAAACCAACUGCCACAGAGGUGGAAAGGAAAGACUUGUUCAAUGAGUUGGACAUCAUGGUCAAUGUAGGACACCAUCCGAACCUUGUGAAUUUGAUCGGAGCGUGCACACAAGAUGACCACCUACUCGUUAUAAUAGAGCUAGCAGAAAACGGUUGCCUGCUAGAUUUCUUAAAACGGUACAGACAACAAGAUGGAAAUAACACUAGAAGCGGCUUAACAGAACAUAUGAAAACAUCAAUAGCCGUCGAUGUGGCGCGAGGAAUGGCACAUUUAGCACGCUGUAGGUGUAUCCACAGAGAUCUCGCAGCAAGGAAUGUUUUACUAGGGAAGGACUACGUUGCUAAGGUUUCCGAUUAUGGUAUGGCACGUGAUGUGUACGAACAGCUGAUGUACAAGAAAGAAACUCAGGGCAAACUUCCGGUUAAAUGGAUGGCUAUCGAGUCCUUGGAGACAUACACUUUCACGAUGGAAUCUGACGUGUGGUCUUAUGGAGUACUGCUUUGGGAAAUAGAAUCAGGAGGGUUGAAACCUUACCCUGGCCUUAGUACCGCGGAACUGAUACAGGAGCUAAAGAGGGGAUACAGAUUGGGGAAACCUCACGGAUGCUCGGAAGAAAUGUACCGGACCAUGGGAGAUUGUUGGAAUCCAAAUCCUAGCGCAAGACCAAAUUUUGACCAGCUGAUUGUCCGUCUCGAGAGCACAAUCAUGACUUAGUUUACAUUAAAUUACAUUAACAGCGGCAACAGCAACAACAAUAAAAACAAAAGAACUAUAAGCAAACAAGGAAUUUUGUUACCGUUUCCCCACACGUGUCAAAUGGUAUCAAAAUUGUAACAGAGACAAAAUUGCCGCUUUAAGAAAACAACGCUUACUUAAAGGGACUCUCCUAUUUCACUAUGAUGUUCUUUUACUAUAAUGUUAAAGGGGAUGAUAUUUAACCACUUUUGUUUUUUUGUAUCAAUACUAUAAUCGCAUAGAAAAGGUGAAGCAACAGAAAAAAGCAACUGAUAAACAUCAAAACUACAACUAAUAAUCAGUUUGUUAGAGCAUCGCACAAAUGCUCAUUGUACUUGGGAUAUUUUUUAUAAGGGAGGAGGGGGAGGGGGGAACCAUUCUUGCCUCAUUAUGAAACCGAGUUAGCCGAGCAGUGUUACAGUUUGGAAAAGGUAGAACCCGCUAACGGGAAACAAAAACUUGUUCGAGUUAACGGAAGUUCGAGUCAGUGGGGUUCCGCCGUCUAUUACUCUUGCAUAAGCUUUUAUAUGGUUCUAGUAAAUAUGCUGUUUUAUUGUUAUAUUAGCAGAAUGUUCAUGAGAGCAGUUCUGUAAGGUGUGAAUUACACUGAUAAUAUUCAGAAGCUCAUAAGGUGACACCUAAUAAAUUCUGGUACUUUUAAAAAU